UUUACUCAAAUAAAAAUGAGACGAAACGACGUCGUUGCCAACAAUGAGGUUAAUUUGGAAUCAAAUUCGUCGUACUCGUAGGGGUGCGGAGUGUGGAGAACUGGAGAUGAAAAUCAGCAGCAGUAGAACUCAUUGAUGAAAUCAUUUUUAUCGCUUCACCUAGAAAAUGGACGCUCUUCUAGAUCUUGGACCAGUUCCCGGCUCAAAGAAGGGGCAAUGGACACCUGAAGAAGUAAAUUUACUGCAUUCAUGGAAAGCUCCGGCUAGAAGAGAUUUUUAUGUUGGUGGUCUCGUCGGUUCAGUUGCUUCUUGGCUAGUGAUGAAAAGACUACCUCAGAAGCCACGUCUUCUUCUUUCUGCGGGGACUGGUGUUGUUUUUGGACUGACACUAUUGGUGAGAUCUGCUAACUCAUCUCUUGACUAUAUGCUUUCACUGCACGGGACUCGGGUGCAGAGAGAAUUGGUACUCAGAAUGUUGAAUAGACAUCAGAACGAUCCUCGGGUACAUCAACGUAUCUCCAAGUACUUUUACGCUGAAGUUGUUUACAAUGAUUCAUCAGUAGACAAGGCUUUGUAUAGAUGGCGUUACAGAAACUCGUCUGGAGAUCUCAUCACUCCUCAAACUCAAGGUAGCCCAGAAACCAAUUCAAACGAGAAUGAUGUCAAGAUGACUGCUAAAGAAACCAAGCAAGUCUAUGCAAGUGCAGGCGGCAACACUGUGGAGAAUCCAUUUGAUCUCAUUUUCGGGCUUCCUGAGAGUAUAGAGGAGGUUCCUGAUCAGCCUGAUGCACCCAGAAUAUUGUCGAGGAGGCAGACACGAAGAGAGAAACGAUUGCACCAUAGGCGUAGGCAUGUUCGUCACGAGGAAUCAGAGAUUUAACUUGCCAAGCAACACACCAUGGCGACAGGUGGUGCGGUUCCGUUAUGAAAUAUUAACUUGAAGUAGCUCAACUCAAAUGCCAAUUCUUUUCACAAAUCCUAUAUAUACCGAGCUGGAAGUAUUUGUUGAACGAUCACAAUUUAGACACUUGGUUUCGGGCAAGUUCGAUUGAGUUGUUGGCUAUUCGGCUCAGGUCAAUCAAACUAAAUUUUUAUUGUAUUAGAAAUUUUCGGCAUUAACAAUGCAUAUCUCCUUUCGGCUUUCGGUC